GAGUCCUCGACCUUUCCCCCAUCCAGCCUUCUCCGAGGUGAGGACUCCUGCCUCCUGAGACGCUGGAAAACCUAGUUUGGAAGAAGAGUAACGAUACAGUUGAUGCUGAACCACAGCCGAGGAUGAAGCGGCGCUCGUCGGACAGAGGCGCUGGGGAAACGUCCGCCAAGGCCAAGGCUCUGUGCGCGGGGAUUUCUGGCAACAACGCCAAGAGAGCAGGUCCCUUCAUCCUGGGUCCUCGUUUAGGUAACUCCCCUGUGCCAAGUAUUGUUCAGUGUUUGGCAAGAAAGGAUGGGACAGAUGACUUUUAUCAGCUAAAGAUUCUCACCUUAGAAGAAAGGGGUGACAAAGGAAUAGAAACCCAGGAGGAGCGACAGGGCAAGAUGCUGCUGCACACAGAGUACUCUCUGCUCUCCCUGCUCCACAACCAGGAAGGAGUGGUCCAUCAUCACGGGCUCUUCCAGGACAGAGCCUGUGAGAUUAUAGAAGACCUGGAAGCCAACAGGAUGGUGAGGAAGAUGAAGAAGCGCAUUUGCCUGGUGUUGGACUGUCUCUGUGCUCACGACUUCAGUGACAAGACAGCAGAUCUGAUCAAUCUGCAGCAUUAUGUCAUCAAGGAGAAGAGGCUGAGCGAGCGCGAGACCGUGGUGAUAUUCUACGACGUGGUACGAGUGGUGGAAGCAUUACACAAGAAAAAUAUUGUGCACAGAGACUUGAAACUAGGAAACAUGGUGCUAAACAAAAGGACUCAUCGGAUCACCAUCACGAACUUCUGCCUGGGGAAGCACCUGGUGAGCGAGGACGACCUGCUGAAGGACCAGCGAGGCAGCCCUGCCUACAUCAGCCCGGACGUGCUCAGCGGACGGCCCUACCGGGGCAAGCCCAGCGACAUGUGGGCGCUGGGGGUGGUGCUCUUCACCAUGCUCUACGGCCAGUUCCCCUUCUACGACAGCAUACCUCAGGAGCUCUUCCGCAAGAUCAAGGCUGCCGAGUACACCAUCCCCGAGGAUGGCAGAGUCUCGGAGAACACUGUGUGCUUGAUCCGGAAGCUAUUGGUCCUGGAUCCGCAGCAGCGGCUGACAGCUUCUGAGGUGCUGGAGUCCCUCAGCUCCAUCAUAGCCUCCUGGCAGUCCAUGUCCUCGCUCAGUGGUCCUUUGCAAGUAGUGCCAGACAUCGAUGACCAAGUGGCUAACCCUGAAAACCCCCAGGAG